CUCUUGAUAGCUCUCUUUCCACCCAUUUCUUCUUCUGCACUGUAAGACACUAUGAGGCCACUCUGUCCAAGUUCCAAAACAACCGAUGUCAGCCCCUAAAUCAAAUAAGCAGAGAAAGAGAGCAGCCACAUUACAAGACAAGUCUCUCUAGCCAAAAGAAGAUUCAAAGUAAUUGGCUGAUGACCGUUGAAGGAAGAAGGCAAAAAGUGAAAAACAGAGAGGGAGCAAAAUGCUCAGGAAUUAACUGUAGUCAUAGGUGAAAGUGGGAAAACGUAGAAAGAAGGAUAACUGGCUUUCAAACACCUGCAGAUUGAGAGAGAGCGGAGGACAACAUACUGGCAUAAUGAGCAGCCUGGACUAUGGGGAGAUGACAGCAAAUGCUCCUGCAACAGAUGAGCCAAUUCCUUUCUCAGAAACACAGCCCUACCAAGAGUCUGACCCACUGAAGCUUCCUGUUAGAUCACCCCCACCCAGUGGCUAUGGGGCAGCCCCACCACCCCCAUCAUACCAAUCUUCUUAUGGGCCACCUGAUGCACAGUUCAGCCAAGGACCAGACUUCCAGUCUCAGCAGACCAUCUUCAUCACACCUGAGCAACCUACCAAGGAACCAGAUAACCUGAUCUUCUCCAUCUUUACUAUGCUUUGCUGUUUCUUCCCCUUGGGUAUUGCUGCCUUAGUUUUCUCUAUAAAGACCCAGGUAGCCAAUAAUAAUGGAAAUGUCCAAUCUGCUCAAAAGAAUUCCAGGCUUUCAAUCAUCAUGGCCCGUGCAGCUCUUGGAUUGGGAAUCGUGGUCUGGAUUUUGUAUAUCAUCAUUUUGACUGUAUGAUGCAACACUCUUAAUCCAAAAGUUAACCCCUCCACAAUGAGCCACUCAAGGAAACAUGCUUUGAUGUCAUCCUCUUUAGAUCACUCCAUAAAGAGAUGGUUCAGAUAACCCCCUUCGCAUGUGGCCAUGGAAAAUGCACAGUGCAAAGCAUUGUAUUUGCAAGCUGUCUAAAACUCUGCUUAGCAAUGGCCCAUCUGUAUCAUAUGAUGAAUAUUAGAUGAGAUCUAGUGCUGUGCUGCAAAAUUAUCGUAUGCCAGGUCAACAAAAGCCCAAGGAUCAUAUAUGAAAAACAAACCUCUGUAAUGACUACACAAUGUCCAUACAUUCAACAGGAUUAACUUCUCUAUUUUAAUGUUGUCGAUAAUAAAAUUCCAUCAAUAGAUUGGGAUGGAUUCUUUCCAGGGGUAGCUCUGCAAUCUCUUUCUUUACCCAGGUAUUCUUUCUAUUGUUGAACCCUCUUCCGUCCUCUCUUUUGAUCCAGCUGCCUUUGAACCCUGCCUUUCAUUGGUCCCAUAUUUGCCAGUGUAUCACAUAUGCUAACAUAUGUGAAAUUAUGUGAUACAUAAUUUCUUAAGUCUGUACUAUGAAAGUGAUUGGCCAAUACAGAAUGACAGUCUUCAGUUCAAGCAGAGUUGUAGCCAGAGUGUCACUGCACACCAAUGCCCAUUUAUGCAUAGAAGUGCAUUGUGCAUUACACAUGAACCACACAAAUGUUUGUGCAUUUGAUUGCAACUUGGUGACUUGAUUGCAGUUUGGUACCAUUGUACACAAGGAUGGGGUGACACAAUUAACAUAUAACUAUGCAUAUGUAAAUAUACACUGAAAAAGCCCAAUACAUGAACUCAGCCACUUCUAUAUGUUCUAUGUUCUUAUCUUCAGAACACAAAUUGUUAACUAAGUUUUGCCCAACUUUAACCAUUGAGAUUUUGCACAACUUUUAUUGGGAUCACUUAUCCUGUAAGGGAUUGUUUUCAAUCUUGAGAUUGUGAUUUCCAUUUUAAUAGAAAGAUCUAUGAGGGAAACAUCAUUGCUCUCCAACCUAUGUUCAGCAGUUCAAAAUGCAUGUUGAAUGGCAGACUGCCUGCUAUAGGACAGGGUUACUGUAUAUACUUGAAUAUAAGCCGAGUUUUUCAGCCCUUUUUUAGACUGAAAAAGCCCCCCUCAGCUUA